UUUUCCCUCCUCCUCCCCGGCCCUGCUCGCUUCCUUCCCCCGCGCCGCGCCGCUGCGCUCCGGGGAGGAGGCAGGAAGGGAGCGGCGGGGAUGGGGCAGCUCCCCGGAGGGAUGCGUUAGGGCUCCCCGGGACCCCCCCCGGCCCCCCUGGACCCCGCCGGGAGCCGGUAAAGCUGAUCCUCCCCAGCAUCUCUGCGAUGGCCUCAGGGAACGACGGAGACCCACCGAGGGCCCACGGACGCCGGGGCAGCAAUGGGCGCAGACUGUCACAAGAGCUCAAUUCAGAAGACCAGGUGGCUCAGGAAACCGAGGAGGUGUUUCGGAGCUACGCCUUCUACCGCUACCAACAGGAGAGAGAAGAGAGCGGGGAAGAAGUGCCCUUGGACCCGGAGAUUGCGGAGAUCCAGCAAGACCUGGGCAGUACCGGGAGCCUGGUGGGAAGGCGCCUGGCCAUCAUCGGCGAUGACAUUAACAAGCGGUACGACGCUGAGUUUCGCUACAUGCUGAAAUCCUUGCAGCUCACCAAGGAGAAUGCCUACGAUUACUUCAUCAAGAUUGCCUCCAGCCUGUUUGAAAGCGGCAUUAACUGGGGCCGGGUGAUCGCGCUGCUGGGCUUCGGCUACUGCAUGGCCAUCCACGUCUACCAGCACGGCAUAACAGGCUUCCUCCGCCGCAUCGCCCGCUACGUGACGGAGUUCAUGCUGCGCAACCGCAUCGCCCAGUGGAUCGCCCAGCAGGGAGGAUGGGUGGCUGCACUCGAUCUGGACAAUGUUUACAUGAAGUACAUGCUGGCGGUGGUGGCCCUGGUGAUGGUGGGGCAUUUAGUGGUACGACGCUUCUUCAGGCCCUGACCGACGUGGGGGCAGAGACUGGGGGGUCCGGCCAAGCUCUCUCUCAAACCUCUGUCCUGCAUUGACGUCUCCCAGGAGAGGGGGGCGAUUUGAGGAACUUCUGGGGGAGAGAGAGCGCAGCUUGGACCUGUGACCCUCCUGCUGCAAGAUGCAGGGUCUCUGCCACCUGCAGCGAUGCCACCAGGAGCUACAGAGAGAGGCAGUGGGGGGGGGAAGGUUUGACUUUGUUGGCUGUUUUAAGCCUCACUGUGCUGAGGACAGAGCAUCACCGUGACCCCAGUAGCCCGCAACAGGGAGGCAGGAAAACAGGCUCCUCUGGAGGAACAAAAGCAUUGUUGCGAUCAUGCGGGCGUGGGCGUAUCUGUGCAUGUGUCUUAUGUCUCUUCCACUCUGUGCUGUUCCUAAGACACUCCAUGGGGUAGGCACAGAGCUCCCCCAUUGCUGCUGGCUCUAGCCCAGAUUUGCAUUCAAAGAGGGAUUCCAGCCUUGGUUGCUCCGAGCAUUGGUUAUAAGUCCCUGGAGGGGUGAGCCAGCGUUAGAAAGACAUGUGGUGCUUGCUUUCACCUUCCCCGUGCUCCUAAGCCCAAAUACUUGAGCUUUCCCUUUCCUUUUAGCAAGCAACCCCUUCCCAUUUUUAAAGGAACAUGGUGACAGGAGCACAACCUAUUAUCUGACAAUCGAUGGCAGCAGCCAGCAGUGCUGGCACAGGCAGACUUCCCCUGCCCCAGCCCAGAGCCCAAACCUGCAGCAUCCCAUGGCCGAUGCUGGUCUCAGGGCCGCAGUCAUGCCUUGCUGCCCUGCACCCCAGCCAUUGCAGGAGUUCAGAGGCUGCAUGCCAGCAGGCCUUGGGAAGCAGCAGGUUUCCAAACACUAAAAAGCUGUGGGGUGGUGACUCGGGGGUGUGCAGGCAGCCUGCCCUCCCUCCAGUCUGCUGGCUGCUUCCAUCCAGCACACUGCACGCUGGCACGUGAGCAGCCCCAGUACAACCAGUUGGUUCCCUUGCUCUCACUGGGAGGCACUGGUUGCAUCUCACCCCUGCACAGGCUGUUUGUUAUGUCCUCUUUGAGCUAGGGCUGCCACGUUGGGGCUGUGGGGACAGCAGGGUACAGCACGCUGCCCUGGUAACCCAUGGCUUUUUCAGCAAAGGAUUUGACCUUGUUCUUGACUAAUGCUUGAACAUGAGUUUUGGGGGAGGCAAGGACCCAAGCAGGUGCUGCUCAAUCUCCAAUCUUUCUGACUUUUGCAAAAUAGGGAGAGCAUCCCAGUGCAGAUUGCAUGGUUUAGUUCCAUCUGUUCUUUUUACUCCAGGUGACUAUAAGGCUUGAAACUGUGACUGGCCCUGUCUGAGCCAUUCCAGCAUCACUGAGCUCCUAGAGCAGCUCAGCCAGCUGGGGGAGGGAGCCAGGAGGACCUCGGAGGUAGGAAAUGAGCCACGGACCCGUGCCUGAGCUCCUCUCCUGUCACAGAGGGACCCCGGGGCUGGAGCAGCACCACAGGCAUAAGCAGCCUGAGCCCUCUACCCACUGGGGCUGCCCCAUAAUGGCGGGACCUUGCCUGGCUUUGCUACAGCAAAAUGGGCUGGGGGACCACAACUGCCCUUGCUCUGGCUCAUCCCCAUGGCAGGGGGGUCACUGUGGCAGGGCUCACCCAGCUCACCCACAGCCCUGCCUAGGGUCACUGGGGUGGGCAAACUGGGGGCAGAGGGAGCAGCCCUUUUGCCCCACUGUACCAAAGGUGUUCCUGGCAGACACCUGGCUGUCGUGUUUUUAAAACCUUCCUCUAUCACCUCACCGUGUCAUUACUUCCUACCUUUGUCUUCAGGUAGAUUUUUUCCUCAAUGUCUCUCCCUUGGGACUUUGUGUCCUGUCAAAGUACAGACAGAGGACACCUGGCAGCCUUCCUCCUUGCAGCUUAGCGCAGGACCAGCCAUAAUUUUGUAUCACUUAUGUCCCUCAAGUUCCUUUUCUUUUUUUAACGAAAGAAUAGCAAACUUUUUGGCCUCUUUCCAUAUCAGUCUUUCUGUGCCCAUCACUUUCUGCAGUAUCCCAAUCCCUGGUGGAGUGUCCUGGACUGUAUUCCCUAAAAAGGCAUUAAAAUAUUUACUAUAAUAUUCUUCUGCUAUAUAUCUGUUUGGGUUGCUUUCUUUGUAAUACGUAUGUGCUGAGCAGCACAAGCCUGCAGUGGUUUGUCUGUGCCCAGGUUUUGCAGCUAUGCUCAUGCUCUGUGAGCAGCUUGACCUCCCUGUAGUUUAUCUGUCCCCUUGCAAGUGCACUUCUUCGCAUUUAUCCACACACAGCUUCAUUUACCAUCCUGCCACCUGUUCAAUUGUCUUGAGCAGAUCUCGAGAUUUCCUGACUCUUCUCUGGCACGAACCACUCUGAACAACCUAGUGUUAUCAUCUGCAGUUUCCUCUCCCCCCAGCUUACCUUCUUUUUCUGGGUGAAAACACCACCAGAUGGAGCUUUUUUGCCACAGCGAAAAUGAACUGAUAAUUGUUAUUUUCCUUUUCUCUUAAUCAGUCACGUUAUUGAUCUGCCACGGUCCUGUAGUUGUCUGAUUUGGUUAUGUCUCCAGCAGGACUUUUUCCAGAGGGCCUUGGAAAGAAAACAGUACAUCAACUUUUAUUCACUACUUUACUGACACACUCCAAGAACUCUAACAGAUUGGAGUACUUCUGCUAGUACAGAAAGUCAUGCUGCUUGUAAUUUAUUCUCAUAUUCCAGAGAAGGGGUUUCACCCUGCAAACCACAUUCAGACGUAAGGCCAUUUAAAUAAAGGCAAUUUUUCAGCUUUAUGGUAGAUGAUCAAUCCUUAGUAAAGUCUGUGAUACCAGGACUGAGAAGGGAACUUCUGACGUAGGUGCUGUACAAAGGGAAGUUUCCGUUUUAGCUAUUUCCUCAGGGGAUUUGCAGGGAGGAUUGCCUCAGGGUAUCAGCACGUCGUCUCACUCUGCUCUCACCUCUCCCAGCUUUCCUGGCACCAUGGCUGAGCAGACAGGCUCAAAGUGGGAACGUGAAUGGGUGGCUGCUCUGUAGUACUGCGUCCCGUCACUGGAUGGCCACAGCACUGCAGCCACAGCCACCUGGGUGCUGAACUCCCACGGGGGGGAAAAUCCUACUUCCAGGCCCCCUCUUUGGCCAGGUGACGGGUGGUUUGUGCCCCCAGAGCUAUGCCGCACACCAGGCCCUGGCACGCAGCAAGGGCAGACAUGGCUGGGCCGGGGCCUGACCGCUGCUGGGAGCAGGAUGGGCUGGGGCUGCUGGACCCAAGGCAGAAUAAGGUGAGAAGGCUUUGUCCUCCCCAGCAGAUGCUCUUUGCAGGGCCGGUGGGCCCUCUGAAGAGCUGCAGCAGGAAUCUACCUCAAAGCCCCACAAGGCGGAGUUCAGGGAAGGGCCUGGCUGAGGCACCGCAGGGCACCUGGGCUACGUGCAGGCAGCUUUAGCUCAGGCUGGAAGUGUCAGGAGCCCUUUUUACCAAAAUGUGCAUCCCUACUACAGAAGUAAGAGCUCUAAGGAAGAAAAAAAAUAAUAAUAAAAUAAAGAAAUCUCAGAAUAACCCCAAAUGUUCCCUGAAAGGUUGAAUCAAUCAGUUCCUUCUGGAAGGAUAAAGACCUGAUCAAUAUUUUUAAGCAGUGGAAGCUGUGUUUAAACAGCAACCUGAUACCCUGUAUGAAAAGAAGCCCACGUAAUGCACUGGUUGGCAGGCUCUCCCUGUUGUCACCUUCCUAGCCACUAUGGUGCUAUUGGGGCGUGGCUGCCCCCAAAGCUUUGGUUUCUUCCCCAGUGAGCAAGAGAAGCAGGGAGAGGAAACCCUCAGCUGGAAAAGAAAAGCAGGAGAGCAGAAGGCUCAGCUCUGGUUGCUCACAAGGUGGGGAUUGUUCACUGGCUCAAACGGGUGAGAAGGAAAGUUUCAGCCCCUGUCAAAGACACCUGAAUCGCUGCAGGGUUUGGUGGUGACAUAGCAGCUGGAGCAGAUGUGGCAUUUGUCUAGCAGUGACCCAAGCCAGGGCUGUAUUUCGGGAAGGUCUGGCUCUCUGUGAUACCUGUACCGGCUGGCACCUGCGCCUGCCUGACUCUAUACCGGGUAGGGAAAGGAACUGAAGGCUCCUGCUGCUUCCCUUCUCCACCCAGCCCUGUUACAUGGGAUGGUUUCAGCAUCGUGGUGCCCGGUGAAGGCUUAGGUGCACCCUAGAAGCAGCAACGAGGGUUGCAGGCAGUGGUUCCAGCCCCCAGGGCUGGAGGUGUUGGAAACGGGUGCGAGCCAGGGCUGCCGAUCAAGGUCAAGGCCACGUGCUCCAUGAUGCUGUUCCCAGUCCCUCUCUGCUGGGUCCCUGCACAUGAAGGAUUUCAGAGAGGAAAUUGGGGCUUUUCUGGUGGGUAUUUCUUUUGUGCCAGAGGCAGCCCAGAGGAGGUGCUAAGUGACACAGAGUUGCCCAGACAGAAAAUUCUUCCUUCAAUUUGAAGUGUGUGUUUGUGAGUGGGCAGGGAGAUUUAAUUCGUAUUGGUAAUAAUGGGUCUGUAAAAAGGGGGUGAGAAGCUGGAGGAAGAGCAUCUCAUUUAAUGAGUUUAGUCUGAGGGCAUGGUGUAUUCCCCCUCCACCCCAGCUCUUUUCUCCUGAAUGGAGGAAGCUGCCUGAGCUAUCAGCUUGCUUGUCAGCACAUCCCCUCACUUGUGGCUGUUCCUCAUGCUGUGAGCCAACAGCCCAAACCCUCCCUGCCAAACGCAGGGAACAGCAGGGUUCAGGCUCCGAGGACCGCUGCCCCAGAGAGACCAGUGUCUUUGCGAUCAGGACUGGUGGCAGCUUUCUGUGAAGCUCUGUGUGAUAGGUUUAUGCAUAUACUUGAAGCCACGCUGUCUCUAUUCACUCUUCCUCACCUUUCUGGCAGCAGUAUAGCGCACGAUGCUCCACACAGCUCCCUCCCCAGCUCCUUUCUGUACCCCUCCAGGAAGCCCUGCUCAGGAAGAAGACGGGGUACAUGAUGGAGCAGAAAAGCAUUCCUUGCACUGACUCUGGAGGGGUGGGAAGGGGCUGGUGAACACCUUUUCUUUCCAGUGGGAGGAGGAGGAGGAGAGGGAGGAGGCAGGCCACAGGUUGUGCCAGGGGCAGGCAGAAGGAGCUGCCUGCAGACCAGACCAGCUUUAAAGGACAGACAAAGGGGCUGUGUGGAACAUGGUGGCUUGCUUUUACCACAAAUUUCUUCUGCAUUUCUUUCACAAAUAUUCUGUUUUAAAGUGAUGUAAUAUAUAUAUAUAUAUAUUUGAAAAUAAAAAAAAAGGUACAUACAGCGCU